AUGGCGCCAAACCCGGCGGCCGUUGGGGGCCUCCUGCGACAGGUGAUCCAUUAUCAUCUCGACAAUGCCUCUUACGACAACGCGCUGUUUUUUGCCGAGCGAUUUGCUGCCCAAGAUCCCAAGGCCACCGAUACGGCAUAUCUGUAUUCACUUUGUCAUCUGCGGUUAGGUGACUACCGGUCUGCGUAUGAUAUAUCGAAACCCAUGGGAUACCGAGGGGUCAACCUGGGGUGUACUUGGGUUUUUGCUCAGGCGUGUCUAACGCUAGAACGAUACAAGGAUGGUAUUUUGGCCCUUGAAAAGUCCAAGGCCAUAUGGCCGCAGAAUUGCAGUGUUGGGAAACACACAGCUACAACGCGAGCAGCACUUCCGGACACACCCGCUCUUCUUUGCUUGCUUGGAAAGCUGCACCGUGGUUACGGAGAUAAGAAGAAGGCCGUGAGCUGUUUUGAGGAGUCACUUAAGAAAAAUCCCUUCAUGUGGGAUGCGUUUACGGCCCUUUGCGACAUGGGCAUCAAUGUUCGCGUUCCCAAUAUUUUUAGAUCAAAUGAGAGCUUGCUUCAGAGCUUCGAUUCAGACAUCGGUAUAAGCGUUAUUGAUCAUCUGAGAGAAGCUUCAUCGUCAGCUGGAAUACCGGUGGAUGCGGUGUCGAUGAAACGAUCAACCGCGAGGAAUAUACCUGCGGAUUUGGGAUCAGAUCCUUUCAGCAUCGGCUUCUCAUCUACGGAGAUGAGCAGCCCAGUAGUAGACAUGUUUACCGAAGCCCCGGAAAACGAUUUCAUGUCUAAAAUCCAGAGUGCCCGAUUACGACUUGCAGCAUCUACGAAUAUCCAACCCUCAUCGAUUGUAGAAGGGAUGGAAACCCCAACAGGGCCCUCAACUCUGUCCGAUCCAACAGCAACUCGGCCCGUAUAUGGCCAGGAACCACCUCAAGCGCCAACGAGGCGAACUAGGAAUGCUCAAGGCAUUGAUGCUGGAUUGGACGCACCGCCACGUAUGAGUUAUGGAAUAGGGACGAAGAGGAACGGUAGACCUGGCCAGGAGCAGCAUGCCGUGGAGACCAUGCCUGAUGGCCCAGCGACAGCAACCGCAACAGCAGCAACUGCCAGUACCAGAGCUGGCCAUAUAGCUGCGGCUGAAAGAAAGCGUACCUUGUCAGGUCACCCAGUCCCAAGAUCGACAAAUACGGACGAGCAUAUGACUAGACGGAGUGCUAGGCUUAACAUGUUUAAGCCGUCUACAAAGGCUAACUCUGGGGCAGCGACAAUAGGCACGUCGGCUGGGCGUGAGUUAAAGAAGGCUAGGCCCCCUGUAUCACGCAUCAUCCGACCAGGUUCCAGUGGUUCCAGCGUCGGCAGAGUUGUGAGUGGAAAUAGAAAACCUGUGGAUGACCAAGCCGACAUAGAUCACGGAGAGUCUUCAAGAACAAGGGAACCAGCGCCGCCUACAGCGCCGUCCAAAACAAUAGAGUCGGAUACUGUCAAGGUCGAAGAAGCGCUUAAGUGGACCCUGGAUCUUAUGAAAAAGCUGGGCAAUGGCUACUAUGCUCUUUCGAGGUUUCAAUGCCAGGAUGCGAUUCAGGCAUUCGGCUCCCUUCCAUCUGCCCAACAGGGGACCCCAUGGGUUCUAUCCCAGAUGGGCCGCUCCCACUACGAGCAAGCAGCAUACGCGGAAGCGGAGAAAUUCUUCCGCAGAAUGCGAGUACAGGCUCCAUCUCGUCUCCAGGACAUGGAAGUGUACUCGACAAUACUGUGGCACCUGAAACGAGAAACCGACCUCUCCUUCCUGGCGCACGAACUGGUCGACUCGGCAUGGCACUCGCCACAGGCUUGGUGUGCAGUGGGCAAUGCUUGGUCUUUAGCACGAGACCCCGAACAAGCGCUUCGUUGUUUCAAACGAGCUACUCAACUGGACCCCAAGUUUGCAUACGCCUUUACACUACAAGGCCACGAACACGUUACCAACGAAGAGUAUGACAAGGCCCUCACGGCGUAUCGACAGGCCAUUGGUGCUGACAGAAGGCACUACAACGCAUAUUAUGGUAUCGGCAGAGUCCAGGAGCGACUUGGCGCCUACGAGAAAGCCUACGACCACUAUUACGCAGCACAAACCAUCAACCCUAACAAUGCUGUGCUGAUUUGCUGCAUGGGAGGUGUUCUAGAGAAGCAGAAGCAGAUGGUACAAGCACUACAUGCUUACACUAAGGCGGCAGAGCUAGCGCCAAGAGCAGCACAAACUCGGUACAAGAAGGCCCGAGCUUUGCUUACUGUUGGGCAGAUUGAAGCAGCGCAAAAGGAGCUCAUGAUUUUGAAAGACCUGGCUCCUGAUGAGGCUACUGUUCACUUUCUGCUUGGAACCCUGUACAGGAAUACGAAUGAGAGGCAGUUGGCCGUUCGACACUUUACCAUUGCUCUAGCCCUGGAUCCGAAGGUGAGCACUUAUCUCUCAUCCCUUUAA